AACAGUGGCUUGACCGCAGCCCAACCUGACUGCCCAGUCCAUGGACUGGUGUGUCUGCCCGCUCUGAGGUUUGUCCUUUCUUCCCCUGCCGGAGUAGACCCAAAAACCACCACCACCCACCUGAACAAGAUGAACGGGAUGAACCAAGGAGUGAUGCGCCGCUACAAUGUGGUGAGGCUGACGCUAAUACCCAAAGAGGAGGCUGCCGAGGAUGGAGCCGCCAAUCAAAGGGUAACAGCAGGAGCAGCAACGACAACCGCCAGACCAGACACCAUGACCUGCCUGGAAUUCAGCAGGGCAGUUCUCCAGAGAGGUAUGGGCUUUCUGUCAUCUGACCUGAACUGCCUGGUGAAACGCCCAGAGCCACAGGAAUCAUUUGAAGCCAGUUUCAAGAACCCCCAGUUACUAGAACAGUUUUGGUCAAAAUGUAGCCCUGUUUAACAGACUCCGAGCAUACCCCCUUUCCGACACAGAAUCCAAUUAGUUACAGUACAGUUUCACAAUGAAUGCAUCCAGGACUACGACAUACAAGUUUGGUUAAGCAGUUUCACCACCCUCAAGUCAGUGGCUAGGAGGAUCCUGGAUGAAGACAACGUCUGGACUGGGGCACGAAAACAACUGGUCCUGUUAAGACUGGAACCAACCGGAGUGGGCAGUGUCCAACACCUCCCCAGCACCAUCACACUGGGAAUCAACAGAGGCUCGUCCUCUGCUACGGCAUGUCCAAACUGUGCAGGAACUGCGGCCAACUGGGCCAUCUGGCCGCAGCCUGCACAGCCAUCAUCUGCAAGAUCUGUAAAGACAACCAUCCUACCUCAGACUGUACCUCCAAAUGCCCCUGCAACCUGUGCGGGAAAGGGGGCCACUUCUUCAGAACCUGCCCCAGUUCUUACGCCGGCAGGGCAAGGGCCAACGCCACCAACCCAACCCCAAUAACCCAAAUCCCAAACCCACCAAUCCUCCACCAGACAACAACAACAAAGACCCAGAACCAGACCUUUCCACAGGCACCGCCCAACCCACCACCCAAGAUGUCCCAGAAACGGCCCCCUACCCUGUCACCACCCAAGAUGACCCAGAAACAGCCCCCACCCCCACCUCAACCCCCUCCAAACCCCUGCUCAAAUGGGAGCCGGUUUUGAGAGAGGCCAUAUAACUGGAAUAACCCCUUGCCUCACAACUCCAGUUCUUAGACGAUGACCCAAACUGGAUGAAAAUGACCAAACAAAAAAAAAACAGACAAACAACAGACCAACAAGAGACCAGAAGACCACCCCAGAACACAAAACCUGACACUAGCAGGCACGACACACAAAACCCCCUAUCCCCUCUGAGAAACCGUCACCCCCUCCUAGACCCCUCACCAUACCACCCCCCCCCCCCCCCCCCCCCCCCCCCACAGUCCAUUACUUCCUCUGAUCACUCCUCUCUUCCCCUUACUGCCCCUGAUUCCCCACUCCAACCACAAACUGCCCUUGACCCCCUACCAUACCCCCUACUGCACCCGACUCCUCCCCCUGCUCCUUAGCGACCCAGAUCCAUCCCCCUUAGCCCUCCCCGCCCUCCGAAACGCCUUCACCCCUCCCAGCAUACCCCAUUCCAUCACCAAGCCAGUACAGGGGGCCACCAGGCAGUCAGUGGGGAGGCACGCCAAGACCUGUGAACAGCCACGAACCACCCAACAACACAAACGACCCACUAGAGACCCUCAUUCAAAUCUACAACGAAAUUAUCAGACCUGGACCCCCCCGUUUACCCAUCAUCAUGACCCUGACAACACACUCCGAAAAAAAGGACUUUCCCCAGAUGGCUGUUCAGGGUUGCCUCUCCACUAGGGAAUCCAUCUAUAGACGGCACAAGGUAAGUACAGAUAACUGCCCCACUUGCACUGAACACACCUACCAACUGUUUGUGAGUGCUCCGUGGCCAGGUGGGUCUGGGCCAUGUCCAUCGGCCACCAGCGCCCAGGCCGAUGGACAUACCCCUCCCUCUCCAUCCCUUUCCCCCUUCCUCACUCUACACUUAUCCCUCUCACGGAACCAGAACCAGGAACCAUUCAUCACCACACCAGAAGAAGCAUGGAGGAAGGACUAAAGAUCUAGACCUACGCCCGGAGCAAGCAGGCCACUUAGGCUUCCAGGUGCAUCUGCUCGCUCCUCAGGUUGUCCUUCCUCCCCUCUGCAGAUCCAGUAUCAGACCCAGUUCCAGUACCACACCCAGCACCAGAACACUAGAAGAGGUGCAGAGGAGAGACCAAACACCAGACAUUCACCCAGAGCAAGCAUUGACCUCCGGGUCUAGGGCUCCCUUGCAUGUCUGCUUGCUCCUCAGGUUGUCCUUCCUCCCCUCUGCAGAUCCAGCACUAGUCCCAGCACCAAUCCAGAUCCCGGUUUCCAGCACCAGUCUCAGCACCAGACCACCAGAGAAGGUGCAGAGGAGGGACCAGAGAUCACAUCUUCACUGGAGCGUGCAUGCCAAAGGGAAGUACCACCACUGACCUCUGGACUCCCUUGUAUGUCUGCUCCUCCCCUCUACAGACCCCAACCCAGCCCCAGUUCCUGGUUAAUUUUUUCCCCAGACCCAGCACCAACCCCUGGUUUCCAGCCCUGGGACCAGCAUGAUUUCCAACCCCGCCCCAACCCCAACCCAGGUUUUCUCGGUCCCAGCACCAACUCUGGACAGAGCACCGACAACCACUCACCAAGUAAGGACGACUCCAAAUCUAACUACACCAACUCCUCAAAGAAACUGUCAAAGAAGAAUAUA